AUGUCUGCGCAAGGGAAGGAAGCUGCACCCAGCAGCGGCAAAGAAGCCGGAGCCACGAACCCCCGAGGAAUCCCAUAUGCGCCGUUUGUCGACAAUGUGGAGGACUACGUCACGUCGCGCGAGGAGGUCGAGGGCACGCUGCGCAAGUUCCAGGAGAUGAUCUCGAAAUACCAGUUCAUGGAGCUGAACCUGCAACGGCGGGUCGCGGGUCUGGACGACAAGAUGCCCGACAUCAAGAAGACGCUCGAGACCGUGCGGUUCCUGAAGACUAGGACGGAGGAAUCCGACCCCAUUGAGACAACAUUCGAGCUCAACGAGACGCUCUACGCCAAGGCAUCGGUCCCUCCAACCGACGAAGUUUACUUGUGGCUCGGAGCAAACGUUAUGUUAUCAUACCCGAUCGAUGAGGCAGAGACUCUGCUCGAGACCAAGCUGUCGGCCGCGAAGCAAAGCUGGGCGAACUGCCAGGAGGAUUUGGAUUUCCUGCGAGAACAGAUCACGACAAUGGAGGUCGCCAUCGCAAGAGUGUAUAACUGGGACGUUGUCCAGAAGCGGAAAGAGAAGGCAGACGAGGAGAGCAAAGGGAAAGACAGCGGCAAGAGCCAGCCGGGCUGA